CAGCCCCUUGCGCGUUUGGACUCGGGCUGGCGAGCAGCAGGCGGCCGUGUUCCGCAGCAUGCCCCGAUCCGGGCAGCAGCGCUGGGAGGGAGCGAGCCGCGGGCCCGCGGAGCUGCGCUGCCGAGCCCAGGAAGGAGGCGGGCUGAGCGGGGCUGCUUUGGCCAGGGGGCUGCAGGCGGAGGGGUCGGAGCUCGCUGCCGGGGCGCUCCGGGGAGCGGAGGAGCCCGCGGCGCUGGAGGGGCCGAGCGCUCAGGAGGACGCGGGUGUAACGCGCUUGGUUUGGUGACAUCCUUGUCCGGCGUCCGCGUCUCCGGGGGUCGGCCCGGCCUUGGGCGAGCUGGGCCUUCCCUGGCUGAGCUGAUGCUCCUCUAAAGGGGGGAGCCGGUGGGCACAUGCCCUGAGCAAACUUCCGACCAGCAGGAGCGGCAGGGCCAUGCAGAGAGCGCCAGGAUCGCCUUGCACCGUUGGGGCAGGAACUGCAAAACUGCCGGCCCGAGGGCUGGGGGCCUCCCGCGCCGGACGCAUGCCCCAGCGGCUCCCGGGCGUCGUGGGACCAUUUUACGGGGGGUUGCUGUUUUCCUGGGGGGGAUUCCGGUCUGCCAGCCUGCGGCGAGCAGGGCCCCCGCGGGCGCGGUGGGGAGCUGCCGGGAGAGGUGGAGAUCACUGCUCCCGCCGUGGGAUCUGCGGUGACACUGAGCGGAGGUUCCCCGUCCCCUCCUGGCUCUGUGUCGGGACCCUCUGGGCCACUCGCUGCAGCCGGCGAGGGGCGAGAGUUACCCAGAUUCGCCCUUCGUGGCGGGCCGAGCAGCGCCGCCGGCCGUUCCAGCCCGGCCCUGGUGAGCCCCUCGGCCGGGAGGGGCCUGGCGGAUCCGCCCUGGGCACUGAACUCUGCGGAGACACGUCGGAGGAGCGGCCGGCUGGGCUCGGGCGCUGGGCUCGGGCGCUGGGCUCGAACUCCGGCGGCAGCCUGCGGGAAAGUGUCCCUGGGCCGGAUCUAACCCCUACCCCCGGCAGCCUCACCUGGCUCCCUGGUCGGGGCGAGGGCGCUGCCCGAGGUACUGCACCUCGAUCAUGGUGGAGACUUGAAAGUGGCUGUUCUUGGAGCCCCAAGGGUGGGGAAACCGCCAUCAUCCGCCAGUUCGUGUACAACGACUUCACAGACACAUGCCGCCCCGCGGGGCCCCGGGACAUCUACAGACCGUCGCUCAUCUACAACGGAGACAUGUAGGACAUGAAGAUCAUGGACGUCCCCUGCUUCGCUGCCUUCCCAGCAGACAGCUCUCAGGAGUGGUCGGACCUGAAGUGCCAUGGGCUGAGGAACACCAGCGCCUACGUGCUGGUGUAUGAUACCUGCACCAAGAGCUUCGAGUACGUGAAGAUGAUCCAGCAGCAGGUCAUGGAGAACAGGGCAGGUGGCACCCGGGAGGCCCCCAUCAUCGUGGUGGGGAACAAGCGGGACCAGCAGAAGCAGCGCUUCAUGCCGCGUCGGACGGUCUCGGUGCUGGUGAAGAAGAGCUGGAAGUGCGGCUACAUGGAGUGCUCUGCCAAGUACAAGUGGCACGUUGUCCUGCUCUUCAAGGAGAUGCUGAGCAGCGUGCUGGCCCGGGGCUGCAAACACCACCACUCCACUGUGCGCCUCCAGGGGGCGCUGCGCACAACCAGAUGCAGCCUCAUGUGAGACAUGCUGCCAGCCACCUCCAGGGGGUGCUCCCUCUGCUCUGGGCGUAGAGUGGGGCGGGUUGGGAACUGGUUACCCAUCGCCACCUGAAAUGGGCUCUGUGUGCAGAGGGGACCCUCCCACCACCACCUCGCCUCUCCUGGCGCCAGGGGUUCCACUGUGUCAUCGUUCUGGGCACCUGUGCCCCAGCUUCUCAGGGACUGAGCACAUGCUGCAGGCUCCGGAGCAGAUGAGAACGGAGAUGACCUGAGCGUGGUUGCGGUCCUCCUUAUUUAAAUGUGAAUCCCAGAGCUGGCUUAUGGUGCUGAUGCGGGGCAGUGCAGGGGGGUGCUGAGGUUGCAGAUAUGAUGGGGACAGAGAGUGGGGGGGGAUGUGAUCUGCUCACCCCCCUACCCUAAAGCUGUAGCACCGAAAGGAGCUCAGGUCAGGUGCACGAGCGGUUGCGAAGGUGAUGGCCUGACAGAGAGCGGUUCAGGCCCAGGGCGUGGGGGAGGGUGGCGGCGUAGGGGAAAUCUUCGGUGUGCCAUCUUGAAACGCCCAAAGAACUGGGAAUCCAUCUCGUCUGCCCUUCUCCCCCCUCCAGCCAGCACAGCGGAGGGAAGGGGCUGCCCUUUGGAGUGGCAGAGUCUGGCGGUGUGGGCCGGCUGCUGCAGCCAUGGGCGAGCACAGCGGGCACCUCAGAGGAGUACGCUGAGCACCGCACUUGUUCGCCCCCCCCGAGUCAUUGCUAGGCAGAGCCAUCAGCGCCGGACCCCGAGGUCCCUCCUCACCUGGGGGUGCCACCUUCCUGGCCGAGGCCGGAGCUGUCCUGGCAUCGCGAGGGGCCCCAGAGCUGCAGGGCGGGGACGCGGUCCAUGGAGCCUCCAUCCUCGUCCCUGGGCCCCAUCCUAGGGGAGGGAACGUACCCGCCGUCACCGCACCCUGCCGGGCCUUUACUCACCGUAUAGCACCGGUUCCGAGUCCUUUGGUUCACCUCGGCUUCCCCGCGUUGCCAACGGUUGGUGGUUUUAAUAAAUACCCUGGUUGUUUACACCC